AUGGAAAGUAAUGAACAAAUAUUAUAUACAAGAAACACUGAUAAAGUAUUUGAAGUUUUCCAAUCUUUGAGAAAGUAUGUUGUAUAUUAUUAAAUUUGCUAGAGACAUUAAUAUUAGUAAUAAAUCUUUGUUUUUAGCGAUGACUUUUUGUGUGAUGUAAUACUAAAAGCUGAUAAUGGAUAUACAGUCAAUGCACAUAAGGUCGUUUUAGCAGCUGCAUGCCCAUAUUUCCUUGCAAUGUUCUCUCAUUUUAAGGAACGGGAAAAAAAACAUAUAAUUAUAAANAGUAUACAAGAAGUAUGUUGUGACCUUCUAAAACGUAUACUGCAUCCAACAAACUGUUCAGAUAUCUGGACAUUGGCUGAUUUAUACAGCUGUCAGGAAUUCCUGCCAAUCUGUGAAUCAUACAUCAAACAACACUUUUCGUAUGAUAUAUGACAGCUGUUCAAAUUUCUUAGAAAUAUUUUAUUAAUUUAAUUUUUUUUCACAGAGAGGUGGUUAAAAGUGAUGAAUUCCUAUCUUUAUCGUUUGAUCAAUUUUUCAAGCUAAUUUCCAGUGAUGAACUGACUAUAUUGUCUGAAGAAAUAGUAAGGGGAUUAAAAACAUUAAUUAUAUUUAGAUAAAUCAAACAAAUCGAGUUUAUAUUUUAUGUGAUGUAAUCAAAUUGUAUUUUAUUUAUUUCAAUCCUGAUUUUUGAUAGGUAUUGAAAUGCGUUGUUAAAUGGGUGAAUAAUUUACCAAAUUCUAGAAAAGAUGUCUUACCAAAAUUAAUAGCGCAAAUACGCUUCUCAUUAGUGCCAAAAGAAUGUUUAUUGGAAGCGCUGGAAGAACCGAUUAUCAAAAACAGUCCUGAGUGUAUGUUUUUCUUCCAAACUAUAUCUAAUGUGAUUAAAUAUUUUUUAUUAUAUUAAAUACGUAUUUCAGGUCAAGGUUUGAUAAAUGAAGCAUUGCAUAUCUGUUCUAAAGAUAGUCAACUCGUUUUAAAAGAUAUUCAUGGUAAACGUAGACGAGUUUUACAUAUGGUAAGAUUUUGUUAGUAGUUUUUUAAUUAUUAAACUAAGUUUGAGUAUUCCUUCUUAACGGGUUAUAUUAUUGUUUUAGGAAAGAAAGAUACGUGAACCAAUUGUGUGGGAUUUUCCUACAAAUGGCUAUUUUCCUUUACGUUUUAGACGAGAUCGGGUACUAUCAGAUUUGAUGAUAUCUGGACAUCCAGUAUCAGAAGUUGACCGUUUAUAUGCUUUGACUGUAAGAAGAAACAGAUAUAUUUGCUUUUAA